AUGGUGAAGGCACAUUCAAAUGAAUCACGUUUAACUCAUUGUUGGCGUUGUGGGUUAGAGUUUAACAAUCGAACCGCUCAAAAUGCGAUUCGCUGUAGGAUAUGUAAUUUGACUUUUCAUCGAAGAUGUUACUUGGCUGAGACUGGGAUUAAUAAGGAUGAGGCAACGUCUUGUGUUUGCUGCCUGAGUGGAAUUUUGAGAAUGCCUCAUUCUUUAAGGGUUCAACAAAAUCCAGUAGCCACAAAGUUUCUUCGUGAUGGCUAUUGCGUGAUUUCACUGGCUACUCGUGCCAAAGAAAAAAAGCUUCUUUCAGAGACACUGGAAAAAUAUCGAGCCAAUGCGGAUCACUAUUUUAAAUCCUUUAUGCAUGCCUAUGAGGCAAAAGUGGAGUUUUCUACCAAGGUUCCUACACUUGAAAGUGGCUUUUCCAAUUUUAGAGAGAGGGGAAGUGGCAGGUUUGAAAUGAUUUCCACCGAAAUCGGAAACGAGGUACUUAGUAUUCUAGGAAAUUGUAACGAGCUAUCGAAUAUUUUAGAUUUGCUACUGACUUCCGCAAGGAGGGGGAUGCGAGUAAAGAAAAGGUUGAUGUCAACCGGUUGUUUUUAUUCCCUUCCCGGGAGUUCGAAGCAAAGUAUUCAUACAGAUGGGCCUCCUUUGAGUUCUGUGGUUAAUUUGUUUCCGUACGCCAUAAAUGUUUUUAUUCCUCUUGUGCCUGUUGACAAAAAUAAUGGUACGGAGGUAUUUCCUGGAUCACAUCGCAUAGAAUGGGAUUCUAGAUCUUCACUGAAAAAAAAACCGGUAACACCAAUUAUUCCUUUUGGGAAGGCAUUGUUAUUUGAUUACAGAUUAUUACAUCGUGGUUUGGGCAACCGACUAGGUUCACCUCGCCCAUGCUAUUAUGCAACAUUUGUUCGUUCGUGGUACGAAGAUAAAUUUAACUUCAGUUUUAGUCGUUACAGAACAGUUUUGCAUGUGCCUUCAUACUUGUUGGUGCGUAGAAGUGACGAAAAUGUGCAAAAGAGGCGAAGAAUAGAAUGA